GUCAAUGCUUGUGAGAAUUCCAAAUGCUUCAGUUAGGAAAAAGAUUGUGGACCAAGAAAUCUGGCAUAUAGGAAGCUCACUUUUCUAUGUUGCCCAAUGGUCUGCUGAGAUAGCAGUUAAACCCCCUUCGUUCACUUCCAUUCCGCUAUGGGCCCAAGUCAAAGGUAUCCCAUUUGAUCUCUACACUCAAGAAGGCAUAGGGCAAGUGACAGAUCUUCUUGGUUUUCCUGUUGAAUGUGACGAAUUUACAAGAAAAAUGGUUAACAUCAAUAUUGCUCAUAUAAAAUUCAAAGCUGAUUGUACUAAGCCGCUUCCUACCUAUAAGGAAAUUGAAAGAGAGAAUGGAGAAAUUGUUCCCAUCACGGUGGAGUACCCGUGGGUUCCUCCCAUUUGUCCGUGUUGUAAACAAUUAGGUCAUUCAGUGGCCCUUUGUCCUAAUGGUCAGUGGGCUCCAUCUUCCGCCAACCCGGUCAACUCCACAGGAUCCUCCCCGGCUACUUCCUCUUUGAAUAAGGUAGCUUCAGUUGCCACAUCGCCUGUUCCUGGUUUUGCUGUGUCUUCGAGCAUAAGUCGCCAGUCUGCUCCAGAUGUUGUUGUUUCCAAAGUUGCUGCUCAUGUUGCUUUGGCUUCUGAAGAACCUAUUUUCUUUGUUGGUGGUUCUCCUCUUUCUGUUGCUGAAGACAUUAUCGCUCAGGAGGCUUCGAAUCAUGAAACUCUCUCUCCCUUGGGUAAAGGAGUCGUUGAUUUCUCCUCCAUUGAUAUUACUGGUCCUGCUGAUAUGGACAAGAUCUCCCAUCUUAUUGCUCUUCCUGCUCUCGCCUCCUUUCGACCUGUCACGAAUAGAGUAUUAAAAAAGGCUUCUCCCUUACGUUCGCGUUAUCUCCGGAAAACAGCUUUACCGAAAUCUUCCCUGUCUCUAGAGGGAGUUAAUCCUUUUGCUUGCCUGGAUGAAACUGGUUCAAUUGUGCUUGAAGGAGAGGAAAGGGAUUCUUCUUUGUCUUCCAAGCCUCCUGAUGGUGACGGCUCAUGUUCAGAUAUGACCCCCGUUGUGCUACCAUCAACAGAUGCGUCCACUACCCCUACAGUGGUUUCCUUUGGUGCCUUACUUGAAAUCCAUAUUAAAGAACCCAAUCUGAACCAUGUUUUGAGUGCCAUUUGCCCCAACUGGUCUUUUCUCUCCAAUCAUGCCACUGAUGAAGAUGGUCGGAUUAUUAUAAUAUGGAGACAGCCUUUCUCUGUUGUUCUCCUGCAUCAGUCAAAGCAAACCCUGUCUUGUAAAGUUCGUUGUCCUGGAAUUUUGGAUUUUAUCUACACUGUCGUUUAUACUGCUAAUACCUCUGAUGAAAGGAAUGAUCUUUGGAUUGAGUUAUUGGAUAUUGAAGCUACGUACUCUUUAAGUAACUCUGCUUGGCUUGUGGGAGGGGAUUUUAAUGAGAUUCUGCACCUUUCAGAGCAUUCUCAGCCAUCAAGUUCCCUAAGAAAGCUCAACAAGGAUAAUUUUUCAGACAUUCAAAAGAGGGUCAACGAAGUACACGAGAUGCUCAACGCUGCGCAACUGUCAUCAUUAAAUGAUCCUACUCCUACCAACCUUCUAGCAGAAAGGGAGUACAAUGACAAGCUAACUAUGUUGAGGACUGUGGAGGAAGAAUUUUUCAAGAAAAAAUCAAGGAUUAAUUGGUUGCAAACCGGAGACCAGAACACUCCUUUCUACCAUAGUUUCUGUAAGGCCAGAAAUGCUUUUAAUACUAUUCAUACCUUGACCGGGCUGGAUGGUAGAGUGGCAAUCACCGCAGAGGAUGUGGGAAAUCUUGCUGCCUCUCAUUUCAGGAAUAUCUUGGGGCCUAGGAUCGGGCUAUCCACUUCAGAAUCUCAACUGAUUGAGAACUCAACAGGAAUCCCCCAAGGAUUUUUGCCAAUCCGCUAUUUGGGUCUUCCUCUGUGCUCCAAGAAGUUAUCUAUCAUUAAUUGUGAGCCCCUUCUGCAUAGCAUCAAAAAUAUAAAAAAAUACUUGUCUUUUGCGAGAAGGCAAAUGCUAAUAAAUACAGGGAUUGCUGGGAUAACCAACUUCUGGUGCAGUGCAUUUGUCCUUCCAAAAGAGUGUAUUUGUCAAAUUGAUUCUAUGUGUAAUGCGUACCUGUGGAAAGGAACCUUGGAGGGGAGCUUCUCGGCAAAGAUUGCUUGGGUAACUGUUACCUCACCGAAGGAGGAAGGAGGUCUGGGAAUGAAGAACCUUAGCACUUGGAAUCGUGUGUGCUCCCUGAAGCUUCUCUGGCUUCUUCUCUUCAAAACGGAUUUCAUCUGGGUUGCCUGGAUCCAUCAGAAUAAAAGCAGAGCCAUACUUGAUAUGUUUAGAAAAUUGUUGAGACUGAGAGAUACGAUCAUGACUUGGGUGAGAAUUAGACCUGGAGAUGGGAUAACUUGUAUGUUCUGGUCAGAUCUGUGGACUUCCUUUGGGCCGCUAAUCAAGUUUAUCGGUCCUCUUGGACCUAGAUUAACAGGGAUAACCAGGGAUGCUACUGUGGCUUCCGUCUGGAUUAAUAACUCUUGGCGUCUGACUCCAGCUAGAUCAGAGAGUAUUGAAGCGUUACAUUGCCACUUGACAACUGUCUCUCUCAAUUCUUCCUCAGACCAAAUUCUUUGGCAGAUUGACGGUACCAUUAAGACUUCUUUCUCCUCAAAAAUCAUCUAUCAUCGGCUUAGGAUGCAGAAUCAGGUUGUUGAUUGGUCAACCAUUAUGUGGCUCAAAAAGAGAAUUCCAAAGCACAAGUGCCUCACAUAUCUUACUAUCCUUGCAUGGCAGACCACUAUCUAUGAAUGUGGAGAGAAAGAAAUAACCGGCUUCACCGUAAUAUCCACAAGCAUCCGGACAAUCAACAAGCAGCUAGUGAUACGAUGCAGUUCUGGCUUUCUCUGUAACUUCUGCUGCUCU